AUGGCUGGGACAGCCCAGAAAGCCCUCCACCUGCUCCUGAAGCACUCGGCCGAUGUCAAUGCCCGCGACAAGCACUGGCAGACGCCGCUGCACGUGGCUGCCGCCAACCGGGCCACCAAGUGCGUGGAGGCGCUGGUGCCGCUGCUCAGCACCGUCAACGUGGCCGACCGCACCGGGCGCACGGCGCUGCACCACGCCGUGCACAGCGGCCACCUCGAGAUGGUGAACCUGCUGCUCAACAAAGGUGCCAGCCCCAGCACGUGUGACAAGAAGGACAGGCAGCCCCUGCACUGGGCGGCCUUCCUGGGUCACCUGGAGGUGCUGAAGCUGCUGGUGGCACGCGGGGCCGAUGUCAUGUGCAAGGACAGGAAGGGUUACACGCUGCUGCACACGGCGGCCGCCAGCGGCCAGAUCGAGGUGGUGCGUCACCUCCUCAGGCUGGGGGUGGAGAUCGACGAGCCCAACUCCUUCGGGAACACGGCGCUGCACAUCGCCUGCUACAUGGGCCAGGACGCGGUGGCCAACGAGCUGGUCAACGUGGGCGCCAACGUCAACCAGCCCAACGAGAAGGGCUUCACCCCCCUGCACUUCGCCGCCGUCUCCACCAACGGCGCCCUGUGCCUGGAGAUCCUGGUCAACAACGGCGCCGACGUCAACUUCCAGAGCAAGGAAGGGAAGAGCCCCCUGCACAUGGCGGCGAUCCACGGACGGUUCACGCGCUCGCAGAUCCUCAUCCAGAACGGCAGUGAGAUCGACUGUGCUGACAAGUACGGCAAUACCCCCCUGCACGUCGCUGCUAGAUACGGCCACGAGCUGCUAAUUAGUACGCUAAUGACCAAUGGUGCUGACACUGCCAGGUGA